AGCGGUGCGGAGAAAAGACCGGCGGCGGGACCAGAUUAAGCCCCUGGGCUGAACCUGCCCGUCGUUCGGCAGAAGGCGAAGCCUUUCCGGCGCGUCCCGGGGAAUCCCGCUCGCGCGCGCCUUCUUUUCACUCCUUUCGGAAGUUUUUGGCGGCGGCGGGAGGAUGCUGGAGAGCGGCGGCGGCAAGCCAGUGAAGGAGGGCGUGCUGGAGAAACGCAGCGACGGUUUGCUGCAGCUCUGGAAGAAGAAGCGCUGCAUCCUCACCGAGGAAGGGCUUCUGCUUAUCCCGCCCAAGCAGGAGCCGGCGGCGGCGGCUUCUCCUCCUCCUGCUGCCCACGGAGAGACGGCGGUGGCCGCCGCCAAGAUCAAGCAAUUGCCCUUCUCUACCAUGAAGACGGUGGACUGCGUGGAGCGGAAGGGCAAGUAUAUGUAUUUCACGGUGGUGAUGGCCGAGGGGAAGGAGAUCGACUUUCGGUGCCCGCAGGACCAAGGCUGGAACGCCGAGAUCACGCUGCAACUUGUGCAGUACAAAAACCGGCAGGCCAUCCUGGCCGUCAAGUCGAGCCGGCAGAAGCAACAGCACCUCGUCCAGCAGCUCGGGACCCGCCUCCGAAGCUCCUCCAACUCCGCCUAGACGGGGCCACCCAGACAGAUCAAAUUGAAGAGGCGCUUCUGGAAGUAAGAAGAACAGUGAUCAAAGGCUGGCAAAGUAAAGGAGGACGAAGACAAGAGCAUCAGUUCAGCCCCUGGAUUUUGUCCAGUUUUGACACCAUCUGUGGUUGCUUUAGAGAAGUACUUCAGCUGUUCUGGGUUUGGGCUACUGCUUAAACUUAGGAAAGGCAUAUUUGACCUCAAAGGACAUAUGUCACACUGUCAUUUUUAAAAUUCCACCAUGUUUUAUUUGUAUGUAUAUUUAUUAGUGGGGAUUUUAAGUUUUCAGGUUAUUUCUGAAUGUAGAUCAUCCAAGAGACAAUGAAGUGCGGAAAAUGCUUGCUUUGGUGAAUUGCAUAAGCUGCUGUAGAGGGUGGAAGAAACUGAAGCAAGAAGAAAACAGAAAGAUGAAUAAUUUACCAGGAUACAAACUUUUCAUAUAGCUUUUACAUACUGUUUUGAAACAGUUUUCAUCUCAAAAAGUGGAAGGCUGUUAUGAAAUGAAUGUAUGAAAUGUAUCUUGCUAUAUUGAACUAUUGUACCAAUAUUCUAAAUAAUGAGAAUACCCGCUCCAAAGAAAGCAAUGGCUUUGAAUUAAAUUUCUGGAUGGUUUUUGUUUAUUCAACAGUCAUUUGACUUGUGGUAUUAUACAUCAGGGGUCUCCAACCUUGACAACUUUAAGAUUUGUGGACUUCAAUGCCAGCUAUGCUAGCUGAGGAAUUCUGGGCUUUGAAGUCCACAAGUCUUAAAGUUGCCAAGGUUGGAGAUUCCUGUUAAUAGUUAACAGUUAUACCAGGUUUCAUAUCCUUACUUCACAAGCAGAAAAUCUUAGUUGACUUACCAGAAGAAUGAUUAUAAAAAAGUUAUGUUCUUUUUUAUAUGAGAUUUUUUUGGAAAAAACAUGCUAAA